UCAAAUAUCAGUUCAAGGAAGUAACAUUACAGCAUAUUUUCCCCUGGAAUAAUACUUACUUCUUGUAAUUUUCUGAAAGGAUGGAUGACAAAGUUCUUCUGACAGAGGAUGUCCGUCUCAAAAAGUGUUCAAUGCGAUGUCAAACACGAAGAAUAGUCUUGUGUUCAAUUGUUGUCAUUCUUUUGGUUUGCGGUGUAUGUCUUGGUGUGUUCUUACAUGACAGGGCCAGGGGAAUCAUUGACAAGAAUCAAGACGACCGAGAAGACAAUUUUGAAUUUGUUUGUGGUAUCCCAGAUGAAAAUAAAAACUGGGAUUACUGCUAUGGUUUAUCAUCUUCCAACUGCAACAUAACCCUCAUAGAAAGUAUUCCAGAAAAUAUGACCUACCCCAAAGGCGCACCAUCUCACCCCUCUAUAUUCACUAGUUGGUUGAAGCUUCUGGAUGCAGCAAAGUCAAACAUUUAUAUUGCUUCAUCGUACUGGUCACUCAGAUCAGAAGAUGUGCCAGUAAAAGAUCCUAGCUCAUGGCAGGGAGAUGCUAUUUUUAACAAACUGGUAGAAGUAGGAAAACGAGGUGUCAGCAUCAAAAUUGUUCAUCAAGUUGAUACAAAAUACCAAACAAAUGAAGAUACAAAAGUCUUAGAAGAAAUGGGUCUUGCUGAAGUCCGUGUCCUAGAUAUGAAGAAAUUGUUAGGAGCCGGAAUACUGCAUACUAAGAUGUGGUUGGUCGAUAAUAUGCAUUUCUAUCUUGGUAGUGCGAAUAUGGAUUGGAGAUCACUCACGCAGGUUAAAGAACUUGGCCUUCUGACAUCAAAUUGUAGUUGUUUAGCAACAGACAUGUCCAAAAUUUUCGACAUUUACUGGUUCUUAGCAGAAAAUAAUUCUCACAUUCCCGAUCAUUGGCCAACUAGUUUAGAUACAAAUUAUAACAAAGAUCAUCCGAUGCCGCUGAUGAUCAAUGGUAAUGCAGGGGAGGUAUAUCUCUCGUCAUCCCCACCUCCGCUAUGCACUAAAGACAGAACAACAGAUAUUGAUUCAAUUCUUGACGUUAUCCAUAAAGCACAGAAAUUCAUUCAUAUCUCUGUCAUGGAUUAUUCACCAACCUUUUUAUAUACCUGGCCGAGCACUUAUUGGGCUGUUAUUGAUGAUGCUUUACGGGAAGCUGCGUUUGAUCGACGUAUUGAGGUCCAUUUCAUGGCCAGUGACUGGCUUCAUACUAAACUCUCAAUGAUCCCAUUCCUGAAAUCUUUGGCUGUCUUGAAUGACGUGAAAUAUGUUAAUGUUGAAGUGAGAUUGCUUAAGGUUCCAGCGAAUGAAAGACAGGAAAAAAUUCCUUAUUCUCGUGUCCAACACACUAAGUACAUGGUUACCGAUAACGCAGCAUAUAUCGGAACAUCUAACUGGUCAGCGGAUUACUUUGUGAACACAGGUGGUAUAGGUUAUAUCCUUAAUCAGACUUCACCAGACUCGGAAAAGCAGCUGUUCUCAGAUGCCAUCCAGAGACAACUGGAAGAUGUUUUUUCACGUGACUGGAAUUCCAACUACACGAAAUCCAUUUGGGAGUAUUGACCCAGGUUAUGGUGAUUUUGAUAUGAUCGGGAAACUAAGGAAACAGGCAGAAAAUAUUUGAAAUAUUUUGAAUACAACCAAAAACAGUUGUUAGUUUUAAAGAAUAUAGUCGUUGAAGCACCAUUAAUUAAGGGACAAUUUGAUGGUCUUGUCGGGGAACAUAUCUUAUCAUAUGCUGAGUCAUGUAAUGGGACCUCGAAGGGGUUGAUGUAAUUGUAGUAAUUGAUGUUUAACUUGUAUAUGAAACUUACAUUUUAUAAAAUAAACCCAGUCAUACUAAGUCCAAGA